CUCACAGGCUACCUUUGUAAUUUCACUUUUUUUCUCAUUCAAUAAAUGCAUUGCACGUAUUGUCCUUUGCUGUGAUGAAUCAUCAAAAAUAAAGUCAGUUUCAAUUUUUUUAAAGCCUCCAUUGUUUCCAUUUGGUUUCCAGCAUCUUCCACGAUCUGAGGCCCAGUAUCUACGACAAAAUAUGGAAUAUAGACUUAAUAUUACUGAAAUAACUCCGGAAACAAGAGAGUGGACAUGCAAAGUACAGCUAAUUGAAAAAGCUAGAGCAAGACAAAGUAAAGAUGGGCGAAUACGAUUUCAAGUCAUGAUUGCGCAAGAUGAGACGAUAAUCAAGAACUGAUAAUUAUCAAAUAUGUGUUGAAGGGAGUACUUUGGAAGAUGAAGUUUGUUCGGAAGAAUAAGUUGCAGUUGUUUUGUAUGGAGAUGACAUAGGAAAAUAUGAAAAGAAGUUCACUCCCUUCAACACAAGUUAGACCACCUCUGCCCUAUGGAAUUCCUAUCAAUAGGUUUGAAUGGGUUCUAGAUAGAUUUACUGUUAUUGAACAAGUAAAGGGAGACAAUGUAGAGGAUCCACCAUUGCCUGCUCCAACAAGAUUAAACACAGUAUCUUUAUCGAACCUGGACCAAGAGCCACGUCACAUGGAAUUCGCAUCCCUACAAAUAGACAUACUUGUUGUUGUCGUGAGUUGUGGUGCAAUAAAGAUUGUUGGUAUCCAUGGAAACAAAUGUCGACAAAUCAUUGUCAUGGAUACAAAUAUGCAUCAUUGUAUUUUUACCUUAUGGGAGGAUUUUGCUGAGAUUGAUGGAAGCGACCUAGCUGCACAAAUUGAAGAACAUCCAAUAAUCCUAGCAAAACGAAUUGCACGGUCUUCAUAUGCUGGAACAUCCUUGACAACAAGAUACAAUUCUGUAAUAUUGAUAAAUCCAUCCUAUCCACAGGCUGCAGAAUUGAUGAACUGGGCAAAAGAGAAUGAAGAAAUGUUGAGCACAUAUACCCAAAGAAGUUCUCCAGAAAUAGCUUCAUCGCCAAUUCUUAUAUCACUAAAUGAUGAGGCGAUACCUAUAGGAAAUAUCCAAGCACAACCGGCGAUGCAAUCUUUUCACGUUGAAGGUAAAAUAUCGUUGUUGGAUGAUGAGCAGUUGUUUUACGAGUUGAUGUGUUCAAAAUGCAAGAACUUUGUUAGGACCAAAAUAAUGAAGGCUAUUGACUGUGUAAACUGUGAUCAACAAGCAAUGUUAACACCCAGGUGUCACUUUCAAGUCCAAAUUACAGAUGGAAGUGGAUCGACAAUUGCAACAUUAGUAGGUGAACCUGGAGAGAAUCUUCUUUCAAUGAAAGCUGAACAAAUCUAUGAAGCAAUUAACGUCAAGGAUACUCUCCAAUUGCCAGCAGUAUCAACUUCUACAAAUACUGGAGAAAGCAGUAAGAGAGAACUCGACAAGGUAGCAACAGAAAAAGAACAAAAAAAGAUAAUCAUUGGAAGUACCUCAUCUAGCAAAAGACAACAGACUGAGCGAAGAACUCCAACCAAAAAAACUGCAUCUUCUAACAAAAGGAAGGGUAUCGAACCAGUCACUCCAACUAAGAAGAAGUAAAGCCUUAGGGGAGAAGGGGAGAAGAGAUGGUACUCUUGUAAAUGUGAAGAGAAGUUUAUUAAUUUGAGACCAUAGAUAUGCAACCAGAGAUGAACAUGAAGAGAGAGUAGCAACACAAUUUAGUAAUCUGUGAGAUAAUUUCCUUUCAGUUCAAAGGCAUGGCCAUUUAUAAUCAGGAGGUCCAUAGGCGCUGUCACUAGAUUCGGUAGAACUGUUAAAAUUUCUUGUAUCAUUCAAUACACAGUCAAUAUGGAUGGUAAUUGUCCUUUGCUAUUGACAGACGCAGUGUUGAUUGGUUAUUUAGAAGGUUUAUUGUGUUUGUUAAUUAUACUUAAAGAACUAAGAAGAUCAAGUGUGAAUAUGGAAAAUCAAUUGUAUCAGUACUGAAUUGAGUAUUGUUUGUAGGAAAAUUGUGUCUUCUUGUUCUUACAUUUUACAUCUAUCGAUGGCUAUAUCUGAUGAAAAUAAAGUAUCCACUCUUUUGAUCUCUGCCAUGUUUGUUCUAUUUCACCUAUUUACAUUUGAUGCUUAUUACAUAUCCCUUAUUUCUAU